AUCUCCAUCAAGCAUUGCAUAUACACUUGGUGGAGUGCAGUCCCGCGUUGCAGAAACGUCAGCACCAGAACCUGAAGUGCACAGAUGAAAGUAGUUCGGAGAAGAAAGCUAUAAGUUCACUAGCUGGGACACCUGUGCACUGGCACGCUUCUCUUGAAGAGGUACCAUCAGGAGUACCAACAAUAAUCAUAGCUCAUGAGUUCUAUGAUGCUUUUCCAGUUCAUCAGUUUCAGCCUACACCUGCAGCCUUAUAUCUGGUGAAACGUUGCACAUGGGCUACACCUGAGGAAAAGGAGAAGCUGGAUCAUGUCGAGAUCAACCCGAAGUUAAUGGAUUUGACUCAAGAAAUAGCCAAGAGAAUAGGCUCUGAUGGAGGUGGAGCACUUAUAAUCGAUUAUAGGAAGGAUGAAAUCAUUUCAGACAGUCUACAGGCUAUUAGAGAACACAAGUUUGUCAACAUACUGGAUAAUCCAGGCUCUGCGGAUCUAAGUGCUUAUGUUGAUUUUCCUUCGAUAAAACACUCAGCUGAGGAAGCUUCAGAAAAUGUGACAGUCCAUGGACCUAUGACUCAGUCUCAGUUCUUGGGUUCGCUUGGAAUAAACUUCAGAGUUGAUGCGUUGCUGCAGAACUGCGACGAUGAGCAAGCAGAGUCAUUGAGGUCUGGAUACUGGAGGCUUGUUGGAGAUGGUGAAGCACCUUUCUGGGAAGGACCUGAUGAACAGACACCAAUUGGAAUGGGGGAGAGGUAUCUUACAAUGGCUAUUAUCAACAGAAACCAAGGCACUCCGGCUCCGUUCCAGUAACAGGCUGAAGCUUUCAAACAAGGACACUACACUCCUUUGUUUUUUUUCUUUGAACUUGGCUUAUCUUAUGAAUUUGAUUGGUUGACUUUGGGUUUAAAGCUUACGAAAUGAUUUCAAUCCCCAUUUUAUUUUCAGUGUCAUUCAUCUUCAUGUAUGGAUCUCAGUAGCUUGAUUUC